UCAAAAUGGCAGUGUUAUCAAUAAGACGGAUUUCGAAAAUUAAACAUUUUAGUUAAUGUUGCCUUAAGUGCAUUGUAUCAUUUGAAGUUGAUGUGGUUUUGAGAUAAUCGGAACAUUUUAAUCUGCACAUUAAACAUAGUUAAUCACAGGAAAGACAUUCUAAAAUGAAAUGGCAGAAAAAGAGGCACAACGAGCAAGCACAGAGGUUAAUUCCAAACCUCGGUUUGAGCUGCCUACGAGGGUGUACAAAGGAAUUAUGAUGAUGGUUAAUGAGGUUGAGCAAAUCGAGAUGAUGGACACAAGACCUGACGAUAUAUGGGUUUGUACCCAUCCCAGAUCAGGAACGACGUUGACACAGGAAAUGUCCUAUCUUAUUGAGACACUGGACUUUGAAACAGCAAACAAUGUUUACCUUGAUGACAGAUUCCCGAUGAUUGACAUACUAGAUGAUCGUUUGCCAUUCUACAGAAGUGUAAAACAUGCUGAGCAAAUGUCAUCACCGCGGUUCAUUAAAUGCCAUCUUCCAUAUUUCUUGCUUCCUGAACAGCUGCGACAGGGCAAAGGCAGAAUAAUCUACAUUGCUCGCAACCCGAAGGACGUUGUGGCGUCAUACUAUCGUUUGCAGAAGUGGACGGACAUUGAGGCAGAGCAGGACAGUUCUUGGGACAAGUUUAUCGACCUAUUUGUCCAAGGCAAAAGUUUGUAUGGUCCAUGGACAAAACACGUUCUCGGGUACUGGGAAAAUAGGACCAAAGACAACAUGCUGUACCUGAAAUACGAAGACCUUGUUCAGGACCUACCCGGACACGUGCGGACGAUUGCAGCUUUUUUGAACAAAGAGCUUUCUGAAAAUGACAUAGAUCGGAUAUGUAAACAUUGCCAUGUGGAAAGCAUGCGAAGUAACGAAAAAGUGAACCUGUCUUACUACAGGGACUAUAAAUGGGUCAACGAUAAUGCAUACGGAGGAUUUAUAAAUAAGGGUAAAGCAGGUGUGUGGAAGGACCUCUUGACCCCGGAUGCUGUUAAGAAGAUUGACCUUAUGGUGCAGGAGCUCGAGGGAACCGGACUUGUGUUAAGGGACAAUUAGGAACAUCAAUACAGUCGAAACUCGUUGGCUCGAUAUCCUCGUUGGCUCGAACCAAAUUAAAAGGACCGAUUUUUAUUUACUCUUUGUUCAUAUAAAUUUCGAUCGGAUGGCUCGAUAUCUUGAGGGUCGAUAUUUCUCCACGCUCGAAGUGGUUUUCGCGGUCCCAAACAAGAAUUUCACACUUUGAUUUGGUUGCUUGGGUCGAUGUCAUUUUCGCGGGUUCAUUUAAGAAUCUCACGUCUUGAUUUGUUUGAUUGGCUUCAUUUAGCACAAGGCGUUAAUCGAUUAAAAAUGCUUGACUGAUAUUAUAAUUACUGUCGAA